CCGUUACCCUCUUUGACCGACCAAUUACAGCGGGAACCGAACGGGUGGGGGUGAAAAGAGCACGGGGGUGGGGGUUCCGUGGAGUUCUCUUGGAUUCGUGUUCGUGCUGUUGGAUGUCAGCACUAUCAGUACGCGUGCGUCGUUCGUGAGGUAUUGAGCAGCGAGGGAUUUGAAUGUUGACUGAUAAUAAAGCUUGGUGGUAAAAAAUAAUCACAAAGUACACAAAUGAAACGUAUAUUCGAGAGGGGUAAUAUGCUGCCGAAAUUAUCACACGGCCGGGGAUCGGCAGCCCUUUUCUAAUACCGAAGCCAAGCGAUGAUGAAUUACUUGAACAACAUAGCGGGGGGUGGGAUGAUCGGUGAUCCUGGACUCCAAUUAAACAACGUAGAAAUUUUAUACACCAAAGUUCAAAGGGUUUACGUUAAGCCACAGCACAAGGAAGAACGCCAAAGGGAACUUCGUGUGAACGUUGAAAUUCACGCUGGCCUCAGCCCCGUUUGUCGAAAGAGCCUCUGCGUUCUUCUAUCGGACGACGAUGACCCUUGCUUCCUCUACUCGCUGUUCGUUAACGACGACGAUUUCAAAGUGCUGAAGGCACAGCAGGGUCUACUGGUAGAUUUUGAUAACUUUGCCACGCAGUUGAUAUGCCUCUUGGAACAAUGUCAGAUACCACGAUCUGGCCUUUCGCAAGCACCUCCGAAGUUCCUUCUUCUGCUGGCAGAAGAGGCUGGCGACUGGACCUUCAAACUGGUUGAGACAAACAAUUUCAAACACUUGUGUCAUUUGAGUUUGAAUAUUGCCCCCUCAAGCGAUGCCGAUAUAAAGACUCAUAUGGCAAUGAAAAUAAAGCAACUGAAAGAAAGCUGCCUACGCAAAGAGAGAGAUGCCGUCAGUCUGGAAACAAGACUCACCGAUCUCACUAAUAAGCUCGAAGCCAAGUCUAAAGAACUUGAAAAAAUAGAACAGAAAUGUCAAGCGGAAAUGAAUCAACUGCAAAUCAAUACUUCCCAGCAAAUUAGUGCUGAAAAAGACAGACUUGCGCAAGCAACAUUCGAAUGGCAAAAGCAGAGAGAAAAAGAAAAAGCAGAGGCCGAUCAGAGGCACGCAGAAACCUUGAAACAGCUACAUACAGAGUUGGCUGAACUGAAAACACAGAACACAGCCCUUAAGGAAAAGCUUUCUCUGACCGAAGCGAGCAAUAAAGAGCAAAGUAAACAGAUGCAAAAUCUUGAGAAGGAGCUCAGCAUAGCCCAAAGAGAUUUGGCACUCGUCAGAAAACAAAACUCAAAGCUUGACAUAGACUAUCACGACAGAGACAAGACCGUGAAUACUCUUCGUACCAGAGUAGCAGUCCUGGAACAGGAACUAAAGGACAAAUGUAUUCUGGUGAACAAGCACACCGAGAUGAUAAAGACGGGAAAAGAACAAAAACAGCACCUGGAAGACCUGUUAGCGGAGAAGGAAAGUCAACUGCAACGAAAGCAAAAUUCCUUAAAAAAUCUCAGCGACGAACUCGUCAAGGCAAACGAGAUUCUGACCAAACUCCAAAAUGAGCUUGCAUCCACCAAGUCCAAGUUAAAACUCAGGACUAGCAUAGCUUUGGAGCAAGAACGAUUGCUAGAUACAAAGCAAAAGGAAGUCGGGCAACUGGACAGCAAAAUGGAAGCCUGUGCCAAGGAAGCAAAAGAAUCAAAGACGGCGGCGGAAGCUUUAAAGGAGCAGUUGAAAACGCUGCAGUCCCAAUUGGAGGAGAAAGAAAAGAUAAUAAAGAACAACGACAAUGUCAUCAGCUGGCUGAACCGAAGAUUAGCUGAAAAUCAGUCGCCUUCUCAGAGUGCGACCGUCGCCCAGCCCAUAAUGGUUCCAUCUUCGGUGCAGCUAACUCUUCCAAGGACGAGCAAAAGCUUCCCCUCGAGGUUCGAAGCGCGAACUCCCGCCGCGUCAAACGGUCCCCAAUCCAGCGUACCGGUGACCGGUCACCUCCUCCGAAACCCGAUAGUUCAAAAUCCGAAUAUUAAUCAAACGGCGCGUACAACCGCGCGAAAUACGGGUGUGGGAAUAACCGACACGUCGAGUGGUUUAACCGCGUUUAACAAACCGGGUCAGAUAUCUUGCACCAGCACCCCGAUGGACAGAGGUAAUCUCCUGGGCAAAGUGACCGUCACCAGCGCACCGGGGACUUCGUCCAUGCCGACGAUCGCGGAGAAUAACAAUCCGCCUCCGUUAUCGGCGAAUACGAGACCGAAAAGCGUCACGAGCACCAUGCAGGGUGGGUUGAGACGCGCGGUCUUGGACAAACCACUUUUACCUUCCGCGUAUUUCCCAAAAUCUUCGCAUUAGCCGCAGGCAAAUUGUUGCGCCCGUAUUGUAAUUUUCAUUCUCUUUAUCACACUCUCCUAUUCCUAUUCGUCGAUUUCAUGUUUCAGUCUACGAGAAUCCCUUUUUUUUUCUUCCCAAUUUCGUAACAGAUUGCCACGAGUUAUUAAUUUUCAAUCACCGAAUAAUUCUAUCCCUAUAUUUAUCUCUAACUUCUCCACAGACUUAAUACGUAUCAUUAUACACUAGCAUUUUUUCAACCCUGGUAGAUUUUUUGUUUUUUGUAUUUUCUGCAUUCAUUCUACACACGAUCACAUAACUAUAAAUAUUAUUUAUUCGACACACAAAUACAGACACAAAACACACAAUUUUUACCUGCUCUCUUUUUCCACACGCACUAAAAAUCGCGAAACUAAAACUUACCUAUGAAAAAAAUGAAUGGGUUAUCGCCAUUGUAGGCGAAAAACGUGAAAUAGUAUUUCCUCCGCAUGAGAAAAAAAAAUAGACGCUUAGCUGUCACGUGAUAAGACUUAUAAUAGAUAGUUUUCGUUUAGUACAAUAUUUUUAGAAAUACGAUUAGCAUUUUGGACGUACAAAUAAUUAGAGGGAAAACGACCGCCAUUGUUUCCUUUUGAUUUUCAAUUUUACACCGACUGAUUCUAAAGAGAUUCUUUUAUUAAUUUUUUGUUUCUUUCGAUUUAAUUAGAACGGGCAAACUGUAGUACUGAAAGAAAGGAACGAAACUACGAAAGUAACAAUUCAUUUCGAUCAAAAGAUUUUAGGUAAGGAAAAACAUUUGAAGUAUCAAAGAUAUCCUUUUUCUUACAUAGAUGAGGAAAAGAGCAAAACGCACGCUGAGGUUAAUUUUAACGGAAUUCAGGAUCGAUUAGGUGUCUACGAUAUUCUACGUCAAGAAUUUUCCAGAUGGUACAUCCUGAGAUUAUAACUAGCAUAAUUAAAUUCUACUUUUUUAGGUAAAUCGGGAUCAAACUUAGGGAUACAAGUUUCACUUGUUAUUAAGAUGAGAUAUAGAUUUAAACUGUGCUCUCUAAAUAAAAUACAUAUAGGUAUUCGUAAAACUCUAGGAACCAGAGUCAAAAAAGGUAACGAUAAAUAAAUUUAAAAACACCUCCCAAAGUUGGAUGAAAAAUUUUCCGAAUAUAUCGUCGAAUAUAUUUGCGUCAAUUUUUGACAACGAUAAUCAUUCUCGUUGUGAUUUCUUUUUAAAUACCGGACGGCAAAGAAAAAAAAAUUUCAUUCGGUGACUCUGUUCCGCGAGUGAUCUUAUAGGAAAUAUUUUUAGUUUCAUGGUGUUUUCCGUAAGUUCGUUAUUAAUAAUUUUACUUUAUCUUUCGAAUCUUUCAAUAGAUAAAAUAUACGUACGCGCGCGUUUCAUGACAAUAAUAUCUUCGUGUGAAUAUUUUUUUUUUUUUGUUUUUUUUUAAUCUUUCUCUUCGUAUAGUUUCUCACAUGAAUUAUCGAAAAUGUUAUUCGAUUUUUUGUUCUCUAUGAUCCUUGGCUAUUAAACAGACAAAAAAUAAAACAUUGAGUUUAUUUCACCGUACAAAUAGAGCAGCAGUAUUAAACUAUAAAUAAAUACAAAUGAUACUUAUAAUACGAUGAUUAGUAAAUUCUAUAACGUAGGAUAGACUACAAAUUUAUAUAUAUAUAUAUAUUUUACUACUUUUUUGUACAUAUAAAUAAAAUAAAAAAUUUAUUAUACAUAGGUAUAUAUAUUAUAUACACAAUUAUAUAUAUUAUAUAUUUGUAUUUAUAAUCAAUAUUACAUAAUUUUAGGAAUUUCAAUCGCGUACAAAUUUUUAUUAUUUCAUAUCAUCUUUGUCACUUUAUUAACAAAUCAAUUAAAAUGCAUAUAUAUAUAUUAUAAUGAUAUUCAUCGUAAAACGUAUAUUUUUUUCGAAAAGUAUGUCUCCAAAAAAUAAUCUUUUUCAGUAAAUUACAAUAAAACGUAAAAUAUGAAUAAAUUUUCGUCCGGGAAUAAAUAUAAUUACAUACAUAAAAUAACAAGGACAGUAAUAAUUAUGGAUCAAUAUCAAUGUACACUUAUAAUUCUCUUCCUUCAGUUAAAAAAAAAAACAUACCAGAAACGAAUCAAAACGAUUCAACUUUAUCACAUUAAAAAAUA